AUGAAAAAGGGCUUUCGCAUAGUUCGGAUGAAAAACGGCAAAAUCAGUAAAGAUUUUGCAAUGGAAUUAUAUAAGAAUGUGGCUGGAAGUAAUAAGUUGCCACUUAUAAUAGAUUACGUGACGACAGGAGAAGUCAUUGGUCUAGAAUUGGUUGCACCUGAUGCAGUACAUAAAUGGCGUAAAUGUUUAGGAGAUACAGAUCCAGCAACCGCAGCACCCGGUACUCUGCGAAGACUUUAUGGGGAGAAUAAACUUAAAAACGUAGCUCACGGCUGCAAUACCCUUGACGACGCUAUGAAGAUGCUGGAUUUAUUUUUUGGUUAUGACAAUGGAAUUCCCAAAGUUCCAUUCCGAGCAACAUACCAGAACUGUACCUGCUGUAUUAUUAAGCCGCACGUUAUAAUUGAUGGCAAUUUAGGCGCAAUAGUUGAACAAAUUGCUACAUCAAACAAGUUUUAUAUAUCCGCUAUAGCCAUGUUUUCAGUGAAAUUGGCAAAUGCUGAAGAAUUUUUUGAAGUUUAUAAAGGUGUAUUACCCGAAUAUGAGGCUAUGUGUAUUCAUUUGGCAGAAGGAAAAUGUAUUGUUUUAGAGGUGAAAUGUAUUGACUCAAGUAUAAACUGUGUUUGUGAGUUCAGAAAACUCUGUGGCCCGAGAGAUCCUGAGCUGUGUCGUCAACUAUAUCCUGAUUCAAUUAGGGCCUUAUAUGGCAAGAACAUUAUAUAUAAUGCUGUACAUUGCACGGACCUUCCAGAAGAUGGAGAAAUUGAAGUUGAAUAUUUUUUUAAGUUAUUGGCCAAUGAU